AAGAACUUCGAGGAAUGGAGCAGAGGAAACUGGGCCAAUGGAUGUGUUCGGAAGUCGUUGCUACAAUGCAAUGGAACUACAAAUGGUAGCAGUGAAGCCAGCAAAAAGGAUGGAUAUUUAAAGCUGAACUUAUGAAAGUGCCAAAUUUUGGAAUUUGGUUUUCUACUACUGAAGACGAUUGCCAAGGAAAAUGCUGCAGUAAUAGUUCAUGUGUCGCAUAUGCAUAUGACACUGGUGUCGGCUGCAUGCACUGUAGUCGAGACCUUAUUGACCUACAGAAGUUCUCCACUGGAGGAACAACUCUUUACGUUCGGCUGGCCCAUUCAGAACAUGAUGAAAAGAGACAUCUGAGAGAAAUCAUAGCAACUACAGUCAUAACAGGAACACUCAUUGUCAUCGUCACAAUAUGGCUUUCCAGGAGGAAGGCGAAAAAACGAGCAGGAAAGGAAAGCAAGGAAAAACAUUUGUCCAGUGGAGAAGCCCCUUUAGUGGUUUCUAAUGAAAAAAUGCUUGGAGAGAACUUGAGCAGAGUUGAAUUCCAGGAGUUUGUGAAAUAUAAAAUUGGAGAAUUGGCUGCAGCAACUGGAAACUUUGUUGAGGCCAACAAGCUUGGACGGGGUGGUUUUGGGCCAGUAUAUAAGGGGACACUGCCAAACGGUCAGGAAAUCGCAAUCAAGAGGCUCUCAAAAGCCUCGGGACAAGGGCAGCAGGAAUUUAUGAACGAAAUGGUGGUCAUUUGUAAGGUCCAACAUCGAAAUCUUGUUAGACUUCUCGGAUGCUGCGUUGAAGGAGAUGAGAGAAUGUUAAUCUAUGAAUUCAUGCCAAACAAGAGUCUAGACACGUUUCUCUUUGAUCCACUUAAACGAGUACAUUUGGAUUGGAGAACUCGGUUCAACAUAGUUGAUGGAAUCUGUCGAGGACUGCUUUAUCUUCAUAGGGACUCUAGGCUAAGGAUUAUUCAUAGAGAUUUGAAGGCGGGCAAUAUCCUGCUGGAUGAAGAGCUCAAUCCAAAAAUUUCAGACUUUGGAAUGGCUCGGAUAUUUGGGGGAAAUGAAAAUCAAGCUAAUACACGAAGAGUUGUGGGAACCUAUGGGUACAUGGCUCCUGAAUACGCAAUGGAAGGGCGAUUUUCAGAAAAAUCAGAUGUCUUUAGCUUCGGCAUAUUAUUACUGGAGAUCAUAAGUGGAAGACGGAACAGCAGUUUUCAUGAGGAAGAUGAAUGCUUGAGCCUUCUAGGACUGGCAUGGAAGUUAUGGAAUGAAGACAAUGUUUUAGAAUUAGUGGACCCGAACAUACCUGUAACAUGCUUCGCGGUUGAGCUUUCGAGGUGCAUAAAUGUGGGGCUUCUUUGUACACAAGAAAGGGCAAAAGAUAGGCCUUCCAUAUCAACUGUUAUUUCGAUGAUCAACAGUGAAAUUGUGGAUCUUCCCCGUCCGAAGCAACCUGCAUUCACGGUGAGGAAAAUAACCCAAGACACAGAUUCCUCCGGACAAAGCCACAAGACAUGUUCUGCCAACGAUGUUACUCUAACCGCUCUUCACGGAAAGAUUCAAGUUGUUACCAUGGUAUUUCUGGGAAAAGCAAGAUUGUUCUCCCUCUAUCUAAUGUCUCAUUAUUUUGUAAACUAUUGCAUUGGAGGAGAUGUCAUCACGGCAACAGAGUAUAUCCAAGACCCUGGAAGUAUAACAUCAAGUGGAGGUAUCUACAGAAUGGGAUUCUUUGGCCCAAAUGGUUCUGCAAAUCGCUACGUCGGGAUUUGGUACAGUAACGUUCCUUCAUAUAAUGUUCUCUGGGUAGCGAACAGGGAGAAACCGAUUUUAGACUCUUCCGGUAUAGUGACGAUAUCGGGUGAUGGUAAUCUAGUGGUCUUGAAUGGAAAGAGGGAAUUAGUUUGGUCAUCAAAUGUUUCCAACCCAGAAGUAACUGAUGCAAAAGCUCAGUUGUUAGAUUCUGGAAACCUUGUCUUGCUCAAUCAGAGCUCUAACUCUAGUGCAACUGAUGCAGAAAAACUUUGGGAAAGUUUCCAGCACAUGACAGAUUCAUUCCUAGCAAAAAUGAAGCUCAUCACUAGCUCAAGCACAAAUGAGACGCAGGCACUAACAUCCUGGAAAAGCCCUUCUGAUCCAUCAAUUGGAAGCUUCUCGGCGAGUCUUGACCCGCAAAACAUUCCUGAACUUAUCAUUUGGAAUGGCAGUUCUCGGUAUUGGCGGAGUGGUCCAUGGAAUGGUAAUAUAUUCAUUGGAGUACCUAAGAUGCAGUCAGUCUAUAUUAAUGGGUACAGCCUGCAGGACGAUCAUGAAGGAACUGUCUAUCUGACCUACAGUUUUGCUGAGGCAUCUUACUUCUCAUACUUGUUGUUGAAAUCAAAUGGGGAUUUGGUGCAACCAUAUUGGGAUCAGAAUAACAGUUCCUGGGAGAUUGAUUGGUCAUCUCGGGUGAGCGAUUGUGAUGUCUAUGGCAAGUGCGGACCAUUUGGAAUCUGCAAUGCCAAGAAAUCACCAAUUUGUAGCUGCUUGAGAGGCUUUGAGCCUAAAAACUCUCAGGAAUGGAGUAGAGGAAAUUGGACCAGUGGAUGCAUUCGCAAGUCGCCGUUGCAGUGCAAUGCAACUACAAAUGUUAGCAGUACAACCGGGAAAAAGGAUGGAUUUUUAAAGCUCGAAACAAUGAAAUUGCCAAAUUCUGCUAUUUUCUUUUCUACCCUCGAAGGUGAUUGCCCAGGAAAUUGCUCAAUCAAUUGUUCAUGUGUAGCAUAUGCAUAUGAUUCUGGUGUCGGCUGCAUGCUCUGGAUAGAAGACCUAAUUGACCUACAGAAGUUCUCCGUUGGAGGAACGACUCUUUACGUUCGGCUGGCCCACUCAGAACUUGAUGAAAAGAGACAUCUGAGAGAAAUCAUAGCAACUACAGUUGUCAUUGGAACUCUCAUUGUCAUCGUCACAAUAUGGUUUGCCAGGAGGAAGGUUAAAAAACUAGCAGUAAAGGAAAGGAAGGAAAAACAUUUAUCCAGUGGAGAAGGCCCUUCAGUGGUUUCUAAUGGAAACAUGCUUGGAGGGAACUUGAGCAGAGUUGAAUUCCAGGAGUUUGUGAAAUAUAAAAUUGGAGAAUUGGCUGCAGCAACAGGAAACUUUGGUGAGGCCAAUAAGCUUGGACGGGGUGGUUUCGGGCCAGUAUAUAAGGGGACACUACCAAACGGUCAAGAAAUUGCAAUCAAGAGGCUCUCGAAAGCCUCGGGACAAGGGCAGCAGGAAUUUAUGAAUGAAAUGGUGGUCAUUUGUAAAGUCCAACAUCGAAAUCUUGUUAGACUUCUCGGAUGCUGCGUUGAAGGAGAUGAGAGAAUGUUAAUCUAUGAAUUCAUGCCAAACAAGAGUCUAGACACGUUUCUCUUUGAUCCACUUAAACGAGUACAUUUGGAUUGGAGAACACGGUUCAACAUAGUUGAUGGAAUUUGUCGAGGUCUGCUUUAUCUUCAUAGGGACUCUAGGCUAAGGAUUAUUCAUAGAGAUUUGAAGGCAGGCAAUAUCCUGCUGGAUGAAGAGCUCAAUCCAAAAAUUUCAGACUUUGGAAUGGCUCGGAUAUUUGGGGGAAACGAAAACCAAGCUAAUACACGAAGAGUUGUGGGAACCUAUGGGUACAUGGCUCCUGAAUACGCAAUGGAAGGGCGAUUUUCGGAAAAAUCAGAUGUCUUUAGCUUCGGCAUAUUACUACUGGAGAUCAUAAGUGGAAGACGGAACAGCAGUUUUCAUGAGGAAGAUGAAUGCUUGAGCCUUCUAGGACUGGCAUGGAAGUUAUGGAAUGAAGACAAUGUUUUAGAAUUAGUGGACCCGAACAUACCUGUAACAUGCUUCGCGGUUGAGCUUUCGAGGUGCAUAAAUGUGGGGCUUCUUUGUACACAAGAAAAGGCAAAAGAUAGGCCUUCCAUAUCAACUGUUAUUUCGAUGAUCAACAGCGAAAUUGUGGAUCUUCCUCGUCCAAAGCAACCUGCAUUCACGGUGAGGAAAAUAACCCAAGACACAGAUUCCUCCGGACAAAGCCACAAGACAUGUUCUGCCAACGAUGUUACUCUCACUGCUCUUCACGGCAGAUGACAUGAUCUGAACUUUUGCUCGGUUCUCACUACAUGUCCUGUUCUUACUCUUUCGAGUUCGACUAGUUUUAUUUUUACACAUUCUUGCCUGGAAAUGUAGAGAAACACAAAACAUGAACUUUUUUUUUUCCACUUUGCAGUUCUUUGCUACACAUAUUUGUGUCAUCAAAAGUUGGGGUUCAAAUUUUUGGUA